AUGGGAGGUGGGGAGCUACAGGUGGGAGAUGGGGAGCUACUGGUGGGAGGUGGGGAGCUACUGGUGGGAGGUGGGGAGCUACUGGUGGGAGGUGGGGAGCUACAGGUGGGAGAUGGGGAGCUACUGGUGGGAGGUGGGGAGCUACUGAUGGGAGGUGGGGAGCUACUGAUGGGAGGUGGGGAGCUACAGGUGGGAGGUGGGGAGCUACAGGUGGGAGAUGGGGAGCUACUGGUGGGAGGUGGGGAGCUACAGGUGGGAGAUGGGGAGCUACUGGUGGGAGGUGGGGAGCUACAGGUUGGUGACCCCUGA